AUGCAACCUUGGCCGGCGUCUACAACAUUCCCGGAGGAUUUGGCGGAGCAGCGGGUGGCGUUUUCCUGGGGUGGACUCAUCUCCAAGAUCAAGCAUGUUCACUGGCAACUGACAUUUGCUAUUGCGGUUCAAACAUUGUUCACUGCAUUGCAAUCGAUUUACAGGCCUGGGCAGGUUGCCAAGCUGUUGGUCUUUCAACUUUUUGCCAAUGCACCGUUCGCCUGGAUCACCCUUUCUUGUUAUAUCACAGCGUCUCUCCACGUGCCGCAGGAAGACCUGGGGUGGGCUCUAGGCCUGAUUGGUACGUUUCGGUUUCUUGGAAGUGCCGUGGGGACGACAGUAUUCUCUACGAUUUUGAGCAACUGGGCAUUUAGCAGCACAAAUUCUAGAGUGGCUUCGGCUGUGGUACCUAUGGGAUAUCCCGCAGACAAGGUCUCCUCUCUCGUUUCUGCAAUUGCCCACGACACGACGAGAUUUCUGGACCUUAGUUCUGAGAUACUCAGCAAAGCGACAGAAGGCUACCGGCUGGGUUGGGCAGAUGCUUUUCGAAUCACUUGGCUGGCCACCAUUCCUUUUGGAAUCAUUGUAUGUGGUCUGGCAAUAUUUGUGCAGGACACAUCUCCCUACUUCACGAACCAUACCGCUAUGCAACUGGAGAAGGAGGCAGGACUGGAGCAGAAGGAGACUCCGAAACACAUUCGACGGUCUUUAUCUCGCCCAGAACGCUGA